GAUCAACAGCUCGUGAAGGAAUAUGGUCGCGUUGUUGGCGUGUUCCACGGCAGAAUUCCAUCCCUCGUCAUAUCAGACCCCGCCAUGAUUAAACAGAUUUGUGUGAAGGACUUCUCCAACUUUGUCAACAGAUCGACGUUCGGCCCGAUGACCAGGCUGGUGAGGGACUGUAUCGCGGAGAUCUUCGACGAGCACUGGAAGUUCAUGCGAUGUGUUCUCAGUCCCACAUUCCGUACAUCAAAACUCAAACAGAUGAUGACGCUGAUUGAGAGAUGUUCCAACCAUAUGGUCAAAAACAUGGAUAAACAAGCAAAGGAGAAGAAAAGCGUUGAUAUGAAACUUUUAAUGGGAUACUACACCAUGGACGUCAUCGCCAACACUGGAUUCAGCAUCGACCUAGACUGCCAGUCCAACCCCGACAAUGUCUUCGCCACCUAUUGCCGGAAGGGCUUUAAUCUGACCUAUCCUAUCAUCUACCUCUUCACACUGCUGUUUCCCUUCACCAAGUGCAUUUUUGAGAAGAUUGACUUCAAGAGUUUUGAUUCCGACAAAAACAGGCCCAAGUUUCAUUCCGUGGUGAAACAGGUGAUCGAAGACAGGAAGAACAAUCCCGACCCGCGGUACGGGGACAUUCUACAGACGAUGUUGGACACCAACAAGGAGGGGGCAGAAAGAGACUCGAAGGACGACUCCGAUGAAGAUACUGAAACAACACUUGACUUCAAGUACUAUAAGAAACGAGGUCUGACAAACUACGAGAUAUUCUGCAACUCCCACAUCUUCCUAUUCGCCGCCUUCAUGACGACCUCCAGAGCCCUGACCUUCACCGCUUACAACCUGGCCACGCACCCUGAGAUCCAGGAGAGGUUGUACCAGUCGAUAAUCAAGCAGUUAGGAAAUAGGAAGCCCACGUAUGCCGAGGUGACGAAGCUGCAAUACGUGGAGAACGUGUUCAUGGAAACCCUGAGGCUGUAUCCCCCGGCAACCAGGACGACCAGAGCUACAGCCAGGAGUACCACCAUCAGCGGCUACAACAUCCCCGGCGGCAUGCCCAUUAUCCUCCCCGUCUACGCAAUUCAUCAUGAUCCCGAGUUCUGGGCCGAACCGGAAAAAUUCGACCCUGACAGGUUCCUCCCCGAGAACAAACACGAACUGCACGAGUAUAUGUGGAUACCAUUUGGCGUCGGCCCCGGAACUGUGUGGCAAUGCGGUUGGCUUUGUUGGAGGCCAAGAUGGCGAUAGUGGCUUUGGUGCAGAACUUCCAGUUUGUUGUAACUCCGGAGACAAUAGCUCCGGAACAGCUACAAAACGGACGCUUCCUCAGACCUGAAAAUCGUAUUUUUGUCGGUGUUGAACGACGCGAAUAGAACAGAGCACAACUGGGGUCUACAUCUAAAUUGCUAACAUAUCAAAGGAUAGGGUUGUGAUUGUAGAAGUAUUGUGACAUAUGGUAUUGUGUAGGGAUGGAAGACUCUUCUUGCAAGUUGAUUCCGUGAGUGUCGCAGAGAGGAGCUGCGGAUGUGAUCUGAACUCCUGGCUGAUCUUGUAUAGAUUCAAACCCGCGUGCUCGGGUGGUGAUAACGGACCAAGCCAUACCGCUAAUUGGUGCGGAAACGCCCUACGAAGUAACCGUGCAUGCACCAUGUUUUAUGUAGGUGGAAAGUAAAACUUUUGCAAAUAGAUAUUAUAAUACGAGCAGAUGUGCCAUACCGAUGGCCAAACCUCUUGUAUUUCCCCAACGAGAACUAGAUUCUCAUACUACCUCACAUGUCAUUAUAAUAAUAUCUUUAUUAUUCUUUAUUUCGCAAUCGUUUUGUGAGUCCCUUAAAAACUGCCAUGAUCACGACCGCAGACGGGAAAACCAUAUUAAAACGUUCGCUCUCACCCGCUCUCUCUCACACUUUCUCUCUCUCACUCUCUCUCUCUCUCUCUCUCUCUCUCUCUCUCUCUCUCUCUCCACUCUCUCUCUCUCUAUCUCUCUGUUACUGUCACAAGGUUGAUUGUCGACACAAAUACAUUUUUCUACUGUUCUUAACUAUACAAAUACGUCUCGAACUGGAUUCGUAUGUUUUUUCGUUGCAUCAAACUAUUCUCAUUUGUCAUUAUGUGCAUAUUGUUGGAACGACAAUCCUAUAUUCUUUGACAAUUGUACAAUAGAAGGCGUUAUUGUGUUAUAUUAGUA